AUGAUUGACCUGCCGGGAGAUUAUCUCAGCGUCGACGAGUACGCCGAGGAUCUAUUGGAGUUCAUCAACACCCCCUUGGUUCAGCAAAUUACUGGCGGUAUCCAUGUCAAUGAUGCGCUGAUUUAUAACGCGUGGGAGGCACUGCCUCCGGAUUGGACGUCGUGGUGGUCAUCACUGCCAGAUCAUCGUCUGGCGCAGCAAGAUUUGAUCGAUAGCAUCGAUGAAUCAACAGAUACCACGACCACGAAAGUUAACGACAGAAAGCUGAAGCCAAUUCCAGGGCUACCAGACUCACUGAAAACUUGGUUGGAAAUUAUUCGGUCACUCUCGCUUCCCCGUACCCAACGUGCCGGUCCCAGGAUCUCCCUGCCCGAAAUUUUGACAGCUCGGAUGAAGACAAAAAAGAUCGAUGAAGUUUCUAUUGCGACUGCCUACAUCCAGGGGGUUUGCCAAGCCAACAACAUCACUCGCAUCAUCGACAUGGGAUCCGGGCAAGGUUACCUAUCCGUAUCGCUUGCCUACCUCUACCCUAAUUUGCACGUAUUGGCGAUAGAUGGCAGCGAAUCUCAGAUUGCUGCUUCGACAUCGUGCGCUGCCAGCCUUGGAAUCGAGGACAGGAUACAACACUUGCUGCGUUACAUCGAUGGCACUGGACCGCUGGCAGAUGAGAUCGCCGCCUGGGCUGGAGGAGAGAAAUGCAUGCUCGUCGGCUUACACGCCUGCGGGAACUUGUCUGAGCACAUGCUCAGAUACUUCACAACAAUACCCUUCAUCGAGUGUUUAGGUGCAGUUGGCUGCUGCUACAACCACAUUGUGCCCCUUUCUGACAGCUGCCCCAAUGGCUUUCCGAUCAGCGCAAAAAUGAGGGACAGAAAGCUCACCUUGAGCGCCACAGCCCUUAUGACCGGAUGUCAAGCACCAAACAACUGGGAGAAGGCGGAUCCGAGCAAGGAAGAGUCGGUAUACUCAAAACGACGCUUUUAUCGAGCGCUUCUAGAGAAAGUGUUCUUCGACAAGAGCAUUGAACUCGACAAGCAAGAUCGGCCGGUUUGGGGAGUGCGAAAAGGCGACAUGGCCAGCUUUACAAAGUUUGCGAGCCGAGCAAUGCAUUGUCUGGGCAUUGACAAAAGCGAUAUAAGCGAUGCUGAAUUGCUCAAAUAUGAGGCUCGUUAUGGAAAUUGCGAAGGCAAAGUAGCGAUUUUGUGGACAUUGAGCGUGCUUUGCUGCAAGGUCGUUGAGAGUGUAAUUGCCCUUGAUCGGUACUGGUUUCUCGUUGAGAAUGGAGCGCAGAACGUGGAAGUUUUACCCAUCUUCGAUUACAAGAUUUCACCAAGAAAUCUGAUGCUUGUAGCUGACAAGGGGUGUGAAUAG